AUGUCUACUUCACCUCUGCUACCAGUAGUGACUGUUCAAUACGAGAAAUGCUUUGAAUUGGUUUCAUAUGAGAGGUGGUCAAUUAAUCGUUAUGAUUUUUAUUUUUUGAUUAUUACGACCAAACAAAAUAAGCCUCAAGAAAUCCGUGACUUUGUCGAAGAACUAUUUAACAAUAAGAGAAGUGAUACAAAUUCAUCAAGCACUUUAUCUCAAGUUUCUACAACAAAUCCAAAUAUGGUUUGCUCUGUCCCUGUCAAAGAAAUACCCUUGCGAGCUAAUGGUUCAAUAGAUAUCCUUGAGGUCAUAAAAACUGCUACUAAAGUUCCAACGGAAAGUGUCGAUGAUGCAGAGUUGUAUCAAAUCUUCCAUAAUUGGAGAGAGAGUUGGCGACGAUGGGAAUUAUCACUAUUAUUGUGGUUUACUAAUAAAGAAUAA